GAACAACUUCUUGCAAGAGUUUCUCCGACUUAAGCAGAUCUACUAGUCAAUGUCUUAAACUUCGUUUUUUCCUUCUUCCUUAUCAAUUAGUCGACGAAUUGAACUUCAUCCCUACUCCCUCAAGAUGCAGCAAACGGCAUCUUUGAUACCUUUGCCUUCAACGAUGCAUGAAGGGUACAACAACAAACUCCGGCGGCGAAGUUCUUGAUUCACAUGUCACCAGUCGUUUUUGUUUAAUUCAACAUUAUUCUGCUCGAUGUAUAGAGUUGCUUCUACAAAAGGGUCGUGGCAAACCGAUCAAAUGGCAUAAUAUCAAGUGUGCAAGACAAACGGGCAACACAGAAUGUAGAUAUUAUGUGAUGAAGUUUAUUUGGGAAAUAAUAACUUCUGUUGGAAGUUCAGAUAUUGCACAGGUUUGGAAUGCAAAAACUGAGCCAUAUACAACGGAGGAGUUUGAUGACAUUAGAAAAGUAUGGGCUAUAUUUUUUGUAGAUGAAGUGUUAUGACUAUCAGACUAUGUAGAAUUGAGAAAAUCAAGCAAACUUAAAUGUAAUUUAUUUCUAUUGUGAUACAAAUUUGUACCUUUUGAAUUGAAUUUGUGCGAAACGAUCUAUCGUUAUUCUGGU